AUGAAAAGCCAUCCUAGUGUACGGGAAAAAAUAUACGCGAAAUUAUUUUUAAGAAGGAAAGGGGAGGGAAUAGAAGAGGAGGAAUGUGUAGACAUUAACAGGGUGGUAGAUAAAAAUAUUGAGCAACUAAACUGUAGUUUGAAUGAAAAAGAAGUAAUUCAAAAAAAGUGGAUAAAUAUAUUAAAAAGAAAUGCAAAUAAAUAUGGCAAGGUUUCUGAAGGAAAUAAAAUAAAAAUAUAUAAUGAUGGAUUUUCUGCAUUUAAUAAUAUUUUAAAAUGUAUUGAUAAAAGUAAAAAGAGGGUAUGGUUUGAAACAUAUAUAUUUGAUGACUCCAAGUUAGCUGAAAAAGUUGUUAAUAGUUUAUGUAAUGCAUCAAGAAGAGGAUGUGAUGUGAUUUUAUUGGUUGAUUAUAUAGGAAGUAUAAAAAUGAAAAACAAAUGGAUAAAGAAAUUGAGGGAGAAUAAUGUUCAUGUUAUAUUCUUUAAUACCUUUUUAAAUUCCUUUUUAAAUAUGCUACCUAUAUUUUUUCGUGAUCAUCGGAAAAUUCUUAUAGUUGAUAAUGCUGCUUAUUGUGGUUCAAUGAACGUUUCAGAGAAUGUUAUUCCGGAUGAUAUCUUUUCUGUUUGCGACAACGAGGAACAGCAGAAUGGAGAGGAAGAUGUUGCACAACGGAUGCAACUGCAUGAGAAGGGAAGAGACAAGGAUAACAAUAGCGAAGGUAAUGGUAGAAGUAAUGGUAGAAAUAUAAGGAGAUGCCUCGAAUACUACGACUUGCAUAUAAAGUUGAAGGGUCCUGCAGUGAAGGACUUAGCAGAUGUGUUUAUAGACUCUCUAAGGAUGUCCAAUACAUCAAUUACUCGGAGUCCUAUUGAAAAACAGAAAAAAUAUGUAAAUGAUGAAGAUGAACCAUGUUAUGUACAAAUACUAGAGUCGAAUGUCCUUAGAAAAGUAAAGUCUAUACAAGGUACAUUUGAUUAUGUUUUGAGAAAUGGAGCAUCCAAUAAUAUUUAUAUUACAACUAGUUACUUUCUACCCCCAGGGUUUUUGAGAAGAGCUUUAUAUUCCUGUUUGCACAAUGGGGUACAUAUAUCGUUUCUUUUUUCGGGUAAUUCGGAUAUACUAGGUGAUGUACCAGCAACGUAUUACAUAAUAAAGAAACUGCUCAAAAAAUUUCAUAAACUGGAAAAUGCAGAGGGAGAUAUGGCACACACGGGGGAUAACAAAUGUGGUAAGGGAAACUGCAACUACAACUGCAACUACAACUACAACUGCAACUGCAACUGCAACUGCAACUACAACUGCAACUACAACUGCAACUGCAAAUAUAACUGUAACAGGAAAGACUGCGAGAAUUUCAACCACGAUAGGAAUAAAAAACUGACAAAUUAUGUUCUACAUAUACAUAAAAAUAUGCACUUUGAGAAUUUUAUAAAAUAUGUAAAAAAAAAAAAAAAAUUGGGUGAACAUAUAUUCUUAAGGAACAAAAAAAAAGGGACUAGCCAAUUUUUUUUUUUUCAAAAUAAACAUUGCCACGCAAAGAACUUAGUAGUUGACAAUUUGUGGUGUGCUACUGGAUCCUUUAACUGGGACCGAUUUUCCUCAAGACGAAAUUUAGAAGUUAUGGUUUCCAUUUUUGAUAAAAAAAUUUGUGAUAAAUUUAUUAAUGAACAUAAAACAAAAGUUAGAGAAAACAGUAUUGAAAUUACUCUAUCACAUAUACUCAAUCGGAAUAUUUUUCAAAUUCUGUUUAGCUUUUGUGCUUAUCAUUUAGGCAAAUUGUCAGGGAAAAAUAUUUUUGAUGGACUUUCUAACAACAGCAAAAAAACUGUCCUACGAAAAGCCAUCAUCAACAAGUACUUAACUGACAACUGCAUUGAGAACGUUUCACUAAGUAUGAUGUGGGGAUUUUAG